AUGCACGCGGGACACGGCGGUUAUUAUGUUGGUGAGAGACAUGGUGAGCAUAAAGGCUAUGGACAUCAAUCCGGAUGUGGAACGGGGCACUAUGGUGGUCAUCAUGAAUCAAUGAAUCAUUGUUAUUCAUCUGGUCACGGCUAUGCUUAUGAAGGAAUGUUGAAAGCGUCUCCACAUCGAUCGACAUCGACAAUCGAUCCU